AUGAGGUGCAGGGUGCCGGCCCUGGCGCUGUCCUGGAUGGCCCUCCAGCCCUCCCCGCUCCACACCUCCCCCGUCUCCAGGGACCUGUCCACGCACUUGGCGCCCUGGUCCACGAUCUGGCCGGCGCCCAGCGCGUUGUGGCCCACCUCGCUGUUCCCCAUGUCGGCAUCGCUGGGCAGGCCCACGGCGGUGCCGUGCGCCUUGAUCAGGCGCCAGCGGCCGGGGGCGCUGGCGCGCAGCUCGUCCAUCGCCGGCGUCUCCGCAGCGUGGAUGGCGUUGAACUUGUCGUGGUACUCGGACUCGCCCCAGCCGUCCAGGACCUGUGUGGGGAGCGUGGGGGCGGGGGGGGUGAGGUGGGGAUCGGGGCUGUCGGGGUGCAAGGCCCGGCUGCAAUGGGAGCUGGUCCUGAGCUCAGAGCACGACCGAGAGCCUUCUGGGACUGUGCGGCUACCAUGCAGAACACAGGAGCAUCAUGCAUCGUCCACUCACAACACCCGGAACCCGAAUGCCCCUGCAGCCACGUACGCAGAUCAAUAUGGGCUUGGUCGCCCGGGGAAUGGUGGGGUGGGGCUUCAGCUUGUGCGACUUCAGCAGGGCGACGUCCUCCUGCAAAUGGUCGGGGUGGCCCUGGCCAUGCUGUUUUACACCCAGGGUGUGCGUCGCGGUGUCUGUCAUGAUGUUUGGAUGUUUGCGCUGUACAAAGAAGCUUAA